CAGAUACUCACUCGUCUUCACUACUUUAGUCAAUAAAUAGUGCGCAACAUUCGAAGAAAAUGAGUGACAUUAAAAAAUACACGUUAUUAUUUUACAAACAAGGUUAAAAGUGUUACCAUGGAGAUGAGCAGUACAAGCAUUGAUGACUUAAGGGUGACUCCAUCGCAGACACAAUCCACCAUCACGCUGAACAAAAACCACGAUGACGAAGAAUACAACCCAUUUGAGAAUCGGGACGUGCCUCACCCUACUUCGACCUUGGGAUCCUUCAUCCACAUGCUGAAGUCCUCGCUAGGCACCGGGACCCUGGCUAUGCCGGCCGCGUUCAGGAACACGGGAAUCAUACCUGGAUGCAUUGGCACUGUGCUGGUCGCGUGCAUUGCGACGCAUUGCGUGCAUAUAUUGGUAUCAACUUCUCGCGACAUCUGCCGGGAGGUGCGGGCACCUUUCCUUAGCUACACGGAUACCUGUGAAAACGUCUUCAAAAUGGGCCCCAAGAAGACGAGGCCUUUAUCUUUACACGUCAGGCGUUUCGUUGACUGCGCAAUGGCUGGGAUGUGCCUCGGAGGAACCAGUGUCUACGUGGUAUUCAUCGCGUCUUCUUUGAAGGAUAUAGUGGACCACUUCGCCCCAGAACACAAGUACCCCGUCCAGGUAUACUGCGCGAUCCUGGCAGUACCACUUAUCCUUAUCACCCAGAUAAGGUACCUGAAGUUCCUGGUCCCUUUCUCGGUGUUUGCGAACCUGUGCCUGUUCAUCACUUUAGUCAUCACUUACUACUACACGUUCAGAGAGAUCCCGAAGAAUUCGACAGUGGAGUUAGUAAAAGAUAUUAGUGGAUGGCCACUGUUUUUGAGCACAGCAGUAUUCGCUAUGGAGGGCAUCAACGUGGUAAUGCCGGUGGAGAACGAGAUGAGGCACCCUGAAUACUUCCUCAGCUGUCCAGGGGUUCUCAACGUGACCAUGUUGUGUGUGACGCUGCUGUACGGCGUCACUGGUGUGUUUGGCUACCUCAAAUAUGGCGACCAAGUGCUGGGGAGCAUCACGCUUAAUUUGCCGCAAACUGAAAUCUUGGCUAUGGUUGCGAAGAUCCUGGUGGCUGUGACGGUGUUUUUUACGUACUGCCUGCAAAUGUACGCCCCCAUGGACAUUAUAUGGACGCGGAUAAAAUAUAGAAUGAACAAGAAAUAUCACAAUCUCGGCCAGAUUGGCUUGAGAACGUUCAGUGUUAUAUUGACUGUCGCAUUAGCCGUGGCCGUACCCGAUUUGGGCCUUCUGAUUGGGCUAGUCGGCGCCAUAUUCUUCUCCACACUUGGCCUCUUAAUCCCAGCAGUGGUGCAAACAGCCCAUCAGUGGGAUCGUGGGCUAGGAAGAUUCAAUUAUGUGCUAUGGAAGAAUUUAUUACUGCUAAUAUUUUAUUUUAUAGUUUUAAUUUCAGGAUGCUAUUCGGCUAUAAGUGCCAUAAUUGAGAAAGCCAGAAAGCCAUAGUGACGUUGUGGUAUGAUUCAGCUUUAUUUAUAUAAUAAUUAGUUGUAAAUUGUUGAGAUAAAAAUACCUACUUAAUUGUUUUUUAAACGAAAUGAAAUUAGUAUAAUAACAAAACAAUUAUUAAAUAAUGUUUUUUAAAAUACCUUUAUCCUAUGCCCUUAUCAACGAAAACAUACAAAACGUAAGAAAAAUAAUUGGGACUGUUCAUAUCU